CGCGGACGUCAAUUAUCUGUCGCGCUCCCCACUCGAAAGAAACAUGUAAACGUUUACUAUAUUUAAAAACGCCGGGAACCUGCGGUACUAAUCCAUUUAACAUGUCAACGGUGUAUUUCUGCAAAUUAAUGAGAAGAACAUUUACGUGACACUGAUCAGUUUUUCGUAGCACCCAACCCAAGAACGGAUUGCCGUCACCAUGAAGAGCCACUACAAAUUCAAUUCGCGAACGAGUGUUAUAUGGCUGACACUAUUAGGAGUACUACUGUUAGGUUGCUCGUGGUUCACGUUUGUACACAAUCCACUUCACAUGAUCAUGAAAAAGACUUUAAAACUAAAACAAGGUAACAUAUUUUUUAAAUUGUGGUCCAAUCCACCUUACGAAGUGCUAAUUAAAGUCCACAUUUUCAACGUGACAAAUUCGGAACAGUUCCUAUCAGGUGAAGAUCCCAAACUCAAUUUUACGGAAGUAGGCCCGUAUUAUUACAAGGAAAUUUUGACUAAUGAAAACGCAACGUUCCAUUCGGAUGGUACCAUUACGUUUUAUCCAAGGCGAAAGAUUGUGCUGGAUCGUGUUCGCUCUGUGGGUGAUCCACUAGUUGAUAGAAUUGUUUCGCCUAACAUACCGCUGUUGGGUAUACAAGCUUUUCUAAAUGACGCGUCGAUUUUUACGAAUUUCGGAUUCAGUUCUUUGGUGGCAACUUUGGGGUCUCCCUCGUUUUUAAAUAUAACAAUCGACGAAUAUCUGUGGGGCUACGAGGAUCGUCUAGUCGAGCUGGCCAACGAAUUUAUCCCGUCCUGGAUCGACUUCGACAAGUUCGGCAUCUUAGACAGACUGCUGAGCGUGGACAAUGGCAAUACGGUGAAAAUAAGCACGUUUCCGGAAUUAGAUCCCCACCCGCAUGAAUUUCUGUCCGAAGAGGAUAAAAUGAGGCCGUACCACAUAGUGGAGUGGAACGGUUCUCCCGGUUUGAGGCAUUGGGGUUGGGUGGACCCCGUCGACAAUGAAACCGUGCCCGAUAAUAAGCCUUGCCAGCUCAUCGCCGGAGCGUUUGAAGGAACCAUCCUGCCUAGUUUCAUGCCCGAAAAUACCACCAUCAAGAUCUUCAGGAAUGCCUUCUGCAGACCCGUGCCGUUAGUCUACAGUGGACGGGGUAAAAGUAAUCAGGGCUUCGACGCUUACAACUUUCGGAUUUCUAGCGACUUCCUAGCCACUCCAGAGGAAAAUCCGGAAAAUGCCUGUUACUGUGUUAAAGGACGUUGUCUCCCUAAGGGUUUGGGACAUUUGUCGCCUUGCUAUUAUGGUAUUCCUAUAACGAUGUCGCCUCCGCACUUCCUCAACUCCGAUCCGAUGCUUCUGGAGCAAGUCAACGGUUUAAAACCUGACGUGGAAUUACACGACAGCAUCGCACAGGUCCAUCCUAUUCUGGGGGUUCCUUUGGAAGGGCACUUAAGGCUACAGAUUAAUUUAGACGUAGGACAAACAAGACUGAACUCUAGAACUCGACCUUUUAACGGUUUGCACGUUCCGUUGUUUUGGUUGGAAUUAACCACUGGCGAGUUUCCAGAUAUUGUUUACCAGAUUAUAAACUGGACUUGUCACAUUUUACCUGUUGUACAAUUGGUGAUUGUUUACAUGUUGGGUAUUCUGGGUGUUUCGUUAAUUUCCACUGCAGCUUUGGUCGUUUUAUUUUAUAGUACACAACAGAAAAUUAACAGCAGGGUUAGUUUAAGGAGUGAAUAUUGUGCUAUUCCCACUGUUUUAACUAUGAAUUCAGAUUGUUUUAAAGGAACGAGAUGAGUUUUGAUGGAUUUUAUUGUAUACGUCUAAGACGUUGUAUAGACUGAUUGUUAAAUAUGUAUGUGAUUAUUUAUAAAUAUGUUUUGUAUAUUUUAUAUAAUUAAUAAUAAAAUUUUAUAAAAA